CCCCGCCAGUUACCAAGGGAGACGGUGCGGUGCGAACGCAACCGCGUAGAUUCCGCGAGCGAGACCCCGCGCGCAUUCGAAUUUCACGCGCGGUCGUGACAGCACGCAUCGGGGAACGGUUUGCGUUACGGGGUUACGCGGUGACGGUAGCUAGUGGUAGUGUCUUGUUGCUGCAGCACACUAGCAAGAUUAGAGCGUUGGUUGAUGAAGCGGAGUGGCGAGGAGGAACAGACCCCUUGAUUGCAUCUUGCCGCUUCCCCAACGCUCCCCAACGCUUGAAGAAACGCGCGUUUGUGAAUGAAAAGUGCGUACUGUGUGUGCGUGUGUGUGGUUUUUUUCUUCUUCGUACCAAAUAGACGGAACAGCGGGAGUGUGUCUGUGUGCGAGUGACUGUGUGCUAGUUUUUCGGAUGUUAUGGUGGUGGGCUUUCCCCACCCUUUUUGCUGCGGGGAGGCUUUUGUUUACACACCCGCGGUGCACUGGUGCAAAGGGAACGAUGGUGCAUUCUUGAAAUUCCAAUCUCCCAAAGUGAGGGCCUGAAGUGAAGCAACUCGCCGGCCCGCUGCCAAUAGAGUCGUUGCGUGGCCGAGUGGUUGCAUUGCGCCAGUGUAGAGCAAGUGUGCACUUUAGAACUGUGCGUGCGGGAUGUGAGGGAAAGCUUUUUUUCCCGAAGAAGGUGACACAUUUCACAACACAGCAACACCAGUACCUGAAACGAUGGAACGACACAGUGGACCCUUCCAGUCAAUGGACAAUGGUGGCGGUUGCCCACCCGGUAGCGAACAGCACGCAGCAUCGCAAACCUCACCGAACCCAGACCAGGAAGUCUUGGUCGGACCACGAAGAGGACGUUGCAAAUGGUUUAACGUGGUGAAAGGCUGGGGCUUCAUCACACCGGACGACGGUGGCCAGGAGGUGUUUGUGCAUCAGAGCGUCAUACAGAUGGGUGGCUUUCGAUCGUUGGGUGAAAACGAAGAGGUCGAGUUCGAGUCGAAACUGUCAGCCAAAGGGUACGAAGCGACGAGCGUCUACGGCCCUUCGCACGCGGAGUGUAAAGGGAGCGACUUUCGGCCGUACAGUAAAAAGCGAAGAUUUCGGAAAGUGAGGUGCUACAAUUGUGGCGAGUUUGCGAACCACAUCGCGUCAAAGUGUGAGCUGGGACCACUGCCAAAGCGUUGCCAUAACUGCAGAAGCGAGGAUCAUUUAAUAGCGGACUGUCCGACCAAACCCCCACCAGCACCACCACAGUCGUCAUCACCAAAAUGAGUCUUUCCCCACUGGAAACGAUACAUUUCCUUGCAUUUGGUGCAAAAGGGUCGUUAGCUUUAAACAGCUACCUCCUUUUUUUCUCGUACAAUAGAAGUAAAAAGUGUAGAACGUAAGCGAAGCCUAUCUGGAAAUCAAAUAAUAAAGAUUAAUUUAUAAGAAAUUUA